UCGACCAACCAAUCGGGCCAAUCGGAGCGCCACUGUUUGAUGUGCCUACUGACGACAUUGUGGCUGUGAUCAUUGUUUGGCUCUGUCAGACAAUUUUCUCCAUCCUACGACCAUCUCGUUUUCUAUUCCUUCUCUCAUCUACAUGCGAUAGCUUACGCCUUUCUCUAUUUCUGCAUACCCUUCGUUAUGUAUCAUAACAAUUCCAUCAGAAUCCUCACUGGGAAUAGCCAUCCAGAGCUCGCCCAGGCUGUGGCUGAGCGACUUAACGUUCCUCUCGUCCCCUGCACCGUCAAGAAAUUCUCCAACGGGGAGAUUAAUCUCAAAAUAUCGGAAUCCGUUCGGGACGAAGAUGUCUUCAUCAUCCAGUCCGGCUCUAGCGAUGUCAAUGAUAAUCUCAUGGAACUCCUCAUUCUUAUUUCGGCGUGCAAGACUGCAUCGGCGAGACGGAUCACCGCUGUAAUACCUUGCUUUCCAUAUGCUCGCAUGGACAAGAAGGACAAGUCGCGUGCCCCCAUUACUGCCAAGCUAGUGGCCAACAUGCUUACUGUUGCCGGGUGCGAUCACGUCAUUACCAUGGACCUACACGCCAGUCAGAUCCAGGGAUUCUUCGAUAUACCAGUCGACAACUUAUAUUCGGAGCCGCUGAUGCUUGCAUACAUCAAGCGUCAAAUCGAAGGAUACAAAAACGGAAUCAUGGUUAGUCCGGAUGCCGGUGGGGCUAAGCGAACUACGGCUAUAGCUGACAAGCUAGGAGUCGAGUUCGCUCUCAUUUAUAGAAAACGAGGCGGGAAGGGAGCUGAUGCAUUGGAGCAGAUGGAGAUCUUGGUUGGAGACGUCAAAGACAAGGUCGCCAUUCUUGUCGACGACAUGAUUGACUCCGGAAAGACACUCACUCUAGCCGCCAAAACACUACAGGAGAAGGGGGCAAGAUCCGUGCAUGCACUUGUUUCACACGGACUCUUCUCAGAAACGAAAAUGAGCCUUAUAGACCAACUACCCAUAGAAGAACUUGUGGUAAGCUGCCAUUCUGCGGUCAAGCGAUCCUAUGCAAAAUUCAUUAUCCAGGUCACAAAUACUAUCCCUCAAAAACAGCAUCAAAGCGAAUGCUCAAAACUGGUCACCAUUGAUAUCAGCCCAAUAUUAGCCGAAAGUAUUCGUCGAACACACAAUGGUGAGAGUAUCAGUUUGCUAUUUGGAGAGUGGGCGGAAACUGGUGCAGUUUUGGUGGUAUGAAAAGCCCGUUGGGUGGAUCAGAUAGAAAGGUACACGGAUCUAUAUGUAAGAUAGGAAGCUCCAGUUGAAUUGAAUGUGUGGAACAGAUAGCGCCUUGAGGGUUUUGCCU